AUGACAAUAAACACGUUAAAUCAAGGGGGUAGCUAUAAAGUACAGAUGCCGUGCCUAACAAAGAUGGAGCGAGUUAUUGUGGCUAUGCAAGACCCUGACAUGGGGAUGAAGAUGAGGAACCAGAGACUUCUUAUUACAGUCAUUCCUCAUGCCAUGACAGGAAAUGAUAUUGUGGAAUGGCUGAUUCAGAAGUAUUCCAUCACAGAGGAAGAGGCAUUACAUGUGGGUAACCUGAUUGUGAAGUACGGCUACAUUUAUCCUCUUAAGGACCCCAGGACACUUGUCCUCAGACCAGAUGACUCUCCCUACCGUUUUCAGACUCCAUACUACUGGACUACAGAUAAAUGGCCUGCCUCUGAGUUGGACUAUGCUAUUUAUUUGGCAAAGAAGAACAUCCGCAAGCAAGGAGAACUGAUAGACUAUGAGAAGGAAAAUUACAAUCAACUGCACAAGCGGAUUAACCAUACCUGGGACUUUGUGGUGAUGCAAGCCAGGGAGCAGAUCAGGGCAGCUAAGCAGAGGCGGAAGGCUGACCGCAUUGUGUUGGAAUGCCAAGAGCAGGCAUACUGGCUCGUGAACAGACCCCCACCAGGUGCAUUUGACAUCCUUGAACAUGGACCAGAACGAAGAAACUGCUUCAGCUCCCGAGUGCAGCUGGUCAAAAAGAACAGUGAAUACUACAAAACAGAGAUUGAACAGUGCAAAAAGGCCCUGUUACGAACCCGGGUCAAGUCCUCAAUCUGCCUAGAAAGCUUUGUCAAAUACAGUGAUCAGUAUCAGGCCCAUGACCCCAUCAUGCAAGGAUGCCUUCCCAGCAACCCCUGGAUAACAGAUGACAUCACACACUGGUCAAUGAAUUCAGAUAUGGUGAGCACCCCAACCAAGCUAAGGGUGGAGCGCUGGAGCUUUAGCUUCAUGGAGCUCCUGAAUGACCCCAUGGGACGCCACGAAUUAAUGCAGUACCUGGAGAAGGAGUUCAGCGCGGAGAACCUCUGUUUUUGGGAAGCAUGCGAAGACAUCAGACAUGGAGAAAGCUCUAAAAUUGUACAGAAAGUAGAGGAUGUCUACAAGCUAUUCCUCGCACCAGGGGCUACCAGAUGGGUAAAUAUUGACAGCAAGACCAUGGAGAAGACGCUAGUGGGCAUUAGGACUCCACACCGGUUUGUUAUGGACGAUGCUCAAAUGCACAUCUACUUUCUGAUGAAAAAGGAUUCCUAUCCCAGAUACUUAAAGUCUGAUCUCUACAAGAAUAUGCUUGCGAAAGCCAUAGUGCCACAGGAGACCAAGAAAAGUGUCUUCCCCUUCAUGAGACGUCAGCGCCACUCCAGCCCCAGUCCUGCACUGGCGUCCCACAGUACAGAGGAAGAUGGGAAGGAAAAGCCUGCAGGGUCAUCGGGGAAUGGAGCAAGUGCGCCAGCAGCAACUCCCUCUGGAACUGUUUCUCAGCUAUGCCUUUUCUCCCACCCUCUGGUCAUGUUCUCAGCCUCCUCCUUCCCUCCAGGAUCCUCUAACCUGCCCCAGUCUCCUGCCCAGCUUCAGCUCCCCCUCUCUCAGCAUCAGUUACCCUAA